ACAAUGUGAAACAGUGCUGAUACAAGGACUUGCGGCUUACGGCACCUCCACGCCCUGGGCCAUGGCCUUGGUGGCACGGGGUCUGACUCCGCCCCUGGAAGCAAGCAUCCAAGAUUGGGAUGACAUGGCGGCUCAUUUCCGUAGACUCGUGGGGAGUUCAUCUAAUAGUGUGGAUCGCCAUGGCUCCUGUCGCCUGCGUCGCGAUCUUCUCACUCGCACUGGCCUCGCUAUCGCCGGCCGGAGCCAUCGACACCCCCGGCAACAACAACAACAACGACAACGGCGUCACCGUCGCGGCCCCCAGACGCGUACCGGCGGCGGCGCAGUUCCUGCAGGUGCACAACGACGCGCGCCGCGCGGUCGGCGUGGCGCCCCUGGCGUGGAACGCGACGCUGGAGCUGGACGCCAAGCGGAAAGCGGAGGCGCUCGGCGUCCAGUGCAAGCUUUCGCCGCCGUUGAAGUGGGACAACGACCGGUUCUACGGGGGGAACACCUACUGGGGCGGCGGGUUCCAGGACGGGGCCGCCGUGGCGGGCGCGUGGGUGUACGAGCGGCGGUGGUACGACCACGGCGCCGACGCGUGCGCGCCCGGCGAGGAGUGCCGGUCCUACAGGCAGGUGGUGUGGAACACCACGACGCAGCUCGGCUGCGCCCGCCGCACCUGCCGGAGCAGCCGUGACACCGUGGGUGUGUGCAGGUACUUCCCUCGGGGGAACUACGCCGGCGUGCCGCCAUACUGAUUUGAUCUGUAUAUAUACACGGAAGCUACGUACCUGAGGUGAUUGAGAUGUCCGAAUAAUAUGUGGUCCGUGCAAGAAGGCGUUCGGCUUGUCAUCGUUGUUGGUCAUUAUUCAGCACGAACUCCUCGACUCA